UUUGCCGCAUUAGCGUUUGCUUGCUGAAAUAAAUAAUCAUUUAACUCGCAUUUAUCCUGAUUCUGUGAAAAUGGAAGACGGCCACAUGAGGGAAAAAUGUGAAAGUUUAGAGCAUACCGCACAGGAUCGUCAACGCCAAUUCAUUUGCGGCGUAAUUGAGGGCUUCUACGGCCGACCAUGGACAACCGAACAGCGAAAAGAUUUGUUUCGCAAAUUAAAAAAACUGGGCAUGGACUCGUAUAUGUACGCACCCAAAGAUGACUACAAGCACCGCGCCUACUGGCGUGAGCUCUACACGGUCGAGGAGGCGGAUCACUUAUCAAGUCUGAUUUCGGCCGCCAAAGAAGCGGGCAUUGUGUUCUACUAUGCCCUGUCGCCGGGUCUGGAUAUGACUUAUAGCAGCCCAAAGGAGAUUGGCACGCUCAAGCGUAAGCUAGAUCAGGUAUCACAGUUUGGCUGCGAGGCAUAUGCCCUGCUCUUCGAUGACAUUGAAUCGGAGCUGUCCAAGGCCGACAAAGAGGUGUUCCAGACAUUCGCCAACGCCCAGGUCUCGGUGACCAAUGAGAUUUUCACCCAUUUGGGCAGUCCAAAGUUUCUCUUCUGCCCCACGCAAUACUGUGCCUCGCGUGCUGUGCCCAGCGUUGCGGAUUCGGAAUAUCUGAACACGCUGGGCUCCAAGCUGAACAACGACAUCGACAUACUCUGGACGGGUGACAAGGUGAUAUCAAAGAUUGUGACGAUUGAAUCGAUACGGGAAAUAACCGAGAUACUGCGUCGUCCGCCUGUCAUUUGGGAUAAUCUCCAUGCGAACGAUUACGAUCAGAAACGUGUCUUCCUUGGCCCGUACUCGGGUCGUUCGCCGGAGCUGAUACCCUAUCUGCGUGGUGUUAUGACCAAUCCGAAUUGCGAGUUCUAUGGCAAUUUCAUAGCAGUGCAUACGCUGGCCUUCUGGUCGCGCUGCAGUCUGGACGCAAAGAUGAACAGCUCCCUGAGCGCUGAUAUUAAGCUGGAGACUGAAAACGAGGACGAAUUUCCCGUGGAGUGUCUGUCCAAGAACGUCUAUCAUCCGCGCUUGGCGCUCAAAAAUGCUAUCAGCGAGUGGCUGCCGGAGUUUUUUGUGGCAAAGGAAGCCUUUGGACCGAUAACCAAGCCGCAGCCGCAGGUGGAAAUGGUCAUGCCCAUAAUUCCUAUAAUACCGUCGAUUAACACAUGCAUGACCCUGACGACGACGACAACAACGUCGACAAAUACACGCACGGUGCCCGAGGUGAACACCACCCAGCUCCAGGCGCUGGCCGAUGUCUGCAGCACCGUUAGCUCCUCGCUGACGCCCAUUUCCAAUCCGGUGAUGAACUCUUUGGUGUCGCCGACGAAAGUUGUGACCAAUGACGAGAUCAUUAAUCCCAUACCCACAACAGUUGCAUCCAAUAUUGAGUUGCCAAAAAAGAUACCCAUCUCGAUUGUGCCGGCGCCCAUAAUGGAGGCCAAGAGCGUUGAGGAGACCAUCAAAUUGAGCUGUGAAGCAUUCGAGCCGGCAGCUAAGCUGGAGCCAGCGCCGGACGUGAGCAAAGUCGACAUCGCGCCGGCUGCUGCCGAUGAUAUUCUCAUAGCUGAGAAGCGCGACCAGGUGGCCAAUUUGAAUGUGGACACCAUGCUGGAUGAAAACAGUCUGAGUCCCUUGAGCGCUAGCGCCAACGAGCCCAUGGAGUGCAGCAGCAGCAUUAACUCGCAGAUUUCGCCAAAGGAAGCUAUCAAGUUGGCUGGCGAUGAUGUCGUCAUGGAGGAAUCGGUCAACGAUGUUAAUAGCAUGCACGUGGAAAGCGCCUCGGGGUCGCCAGAGUCUAAUGCGGAGAUGCACGAGGCGGAGGAGGAGGAGCUGGAAGAUUUGGCGAACAAAUCAAUUGCUAGCGAGAACAAGAUUAAUUUAGAUGAUUUAAGCCUGCUCUGUGAUCUAUUCUAUUUACCCUUUGAGCACGGCAGUCGUGGCCUGAAGCUGCUCAGCGAGUUCCAAUGGCUGAAAGUCAAUGCGAAUGUGCUGCUCCACGAUCGCGCCGCUGGCGGCGGCCAUCCCGAUGCUAAGGCCAUCAAGCCCGAGAUUAGCGAAUGGCUGCAACGCUCCGAAUUCUUCUCCAAGCUGUGCGGCGGCGUUCUCGACCUGUUGAUCAAAAUUGCAAAUUGUGAGAACAAGGAAAUAUGCCAUGAUUUGUAUUCGUAUGUGUGGGACAUAUCCGGUGCGCUGUCGCUGCUCAAUUGCUAUGUCAAGUGGCUGGCGUUGGGUCAGUUCCCGCCGAACAUGUCCUCCUACACGGAGGGCAGCUACACGUGGUUUAGCAAAGGCUGGAAAGAGGCGUUCAUGUCUGGCGAUCAGGAGCCUUGGGUGUUUCGCGGCGGCCUCACGGCCGACUUGCAGCGCCUGAUGCCCGUCGAUUCGGGUAACGAUUUGUUUGUCUACAAGUUGCCCGAGCAACCGACGGCCAAUUACUAUCUGUUGCGACCAUAUCACAAUUCCGAUGAGCCGCAGGUCAACAAGAUCUGUACGCGCACAUAUUUGCAGUGGCAGAGCGAGCCGGAUGGCGAUGAGAUCUUGCUGCCCGCUCCAUUGGGCGAUAUUGUUGCCGAUGCCUUAGUCGGGGCGCAUUUAACUAUUCAUCCGGAGCUGUGCCUUGUGGCCUACGAUCAGAGCGACGCGAUUGUUGGAUAUGUCUGCGCUGCCCCGGACAUAAAUAUCUUUCAUCGCAACACAGAGGUUUGCUGGCUAACGGAGCUGCGCGAGAAGUAUCCAAAAGCUUUGCUAGAAACUGUAGCCGAUGGCAACAACAGCAAAUCCCACAAGCUGAGCGUGCGUUUCAUAGAGGAUUUUCACAGAGACGAGGAGCUGUUGUGUCCCACCGAGGUGUGCGGCACCUUUCCGGCGGUAAUAAGCGCCGCCAUUCUAAGGGAGGCGGAACAGCACGACAACGGCAUUGCCAAGCGACUAUUGACCGUCCUGCUGGCCGCGCUGCGCGCCAACGGCUGCUUUGGUGUGCACGUCUGUGUGCCCGAACAGGAUAAGGAGCAGAUGAACUUCUACACGAAGAUUGGCUUUGUUGAGGUCUAUCGCGACGGGCGCAGCAAGUGCAUUUAUUUGGGGCGGCGCUUUUAGCAGUCGACACUAAGA